AACACUUUGUCCUUCCCAACUUCCAAGUGUCCCUUCAAGUCUUCUGCUGUAAGCUGUGCUGAAGGGAACGGUGUGGGAGAGCUGUUGAGCUGAUACUAUGGGGGACGGAGGAGGUGACAACUUCGAAGAUAUAAGCACUGACUGCCUGAAACUGGAGUUAUUAGAAGAAAUCCAUAUGAAAGACUUAGUGCAAUUCUCAAUACUUGAAAUAAAACAAAAGAUAGUGAAACUGGAAGACAAACUCAGUUCUAACCAUGAAGGCAGUGAAUGGAAAGCCCGCUAUGAGGCACAACUUGCACUGAAUGAUCAACUAGAAAAGCAAAUUGCUAGUCUCAGAGAGAAAGUGGAACAAAUCCGUGGAAGUCCUUCAGAUAGACUAUCUUCUAUUCGUGUCUAUGAGCGGAUGUCAGUGGAAUCACUAAGUACGUUACUUAAACAGCUAGAAAAAGAAAAAAAGAGGCUUGAAAGUCAAGUGAGAGAGUGUGCACUUAGACUGGAACGAGAAUCAAAGGCUUACCACAAGGUGAAGGAUGAACGUCGUAUGUACCUAGCUAAAAUGUCUCAGCUCUCUGGCCUACACCACUCUUCUAAAAGACAACCAGUGAGUCUGCAUAGAAUGAAAGAGGAUCCAGUGAAAAUAGGAAGAUCUAACCCUGCUAAUCAGAAGAUGAUAAAUGCCAAGAGAGGCCCAGCAAAAAAGAUGACAAGAUCCAAUCAUCUUCCAAAACUCAAUCCAUGA